AUGGUUGUUGCACCCAGCCCUCCAGAAACCCCCCAAUCACAGCACCCAGCCCUCCAGAAACCCCCCAAUCACAGCACCCAGCCCUCCAGAAACCCCCCAAUCACAGCACCCAGCCCUCCAGAAACCCCCCAAUCACAGCACCCAGCCCUCCAGAAACCCCCCAAUCACAGCACCCAGCCAUCCAGAAACCUCCAAUCCCAACACCCAGCCCUCCAGAAACCUCCAAUCCCAACACCCAGCCCUCCAGAAACCUCCAAUCACAGCACCCAGCACCCAGCCCUCCAGAAACCCCCCAAUCACAGCACCCAGCCCUCCAGAAACCCCCCAAUCACAGCACCCAGCCCUCCAGAAACCCACCAAUCACAGCACCCAGCCCUCCAGAAACCCCCAAUCACAGCACCCAGCCCUCCAGAAACCUCCAAUCCCAACACCCAGCCCCCAGCCCUCCAGAAACCUCCAAUCACAGCAUCCAGCCCUCCAGAAACCUCCAAUCCCAACACCCAGCCCUCCAGAAACCUCCAAUCCAGCACCCAGCACCCAGCCCUCCAGAAACCCCCAAUCACAGUACCCAGCCCUCCAGAAACCUCCAAUCCCAACACCCAGCGCUCCAGAAACCCCCCAAUCACAGCACCCAGCACCCAGCCCUCCAGAAACCUCCAAUAA